AGAACGUGGGCAAAACGCAAGCCGAGCUACCAAAUAAGAAAAUCAUAAUCCAUAUGGUAGCUAACAGCAGAACUUGUGAUGCAUCAUCCUGUCCUACAAGGAUUUAUCUCAACAUCAACCCUUGACAAAAACAUUGUUCACCAGCAAAACAAUGAUCCUAUAAUUGUGAAGCAAUGUCUUCCCCUCUUUGACAAGUGUUAAACGCAUAUGAAAAGCAAACAGAUAAGUUUCUCAAGAGAGAAACUGACCAAGAAAACUUAACUGCAUAUAGAUUACAUCAAUAAUAUAUUACACCUACAAAUUUUAACUGCAUAUAGAACAAUCUUUUUGGUUAGUUAUGUAAAAAACAUUAACAUAGCAGGUUAUAAUAAAUAAAUAAUGUGUUGGAAAGUCAUUAUAGCGGCUAAUUAUAAUUAGUCUAGUGAUAUUGAUUGUUAUUCUUAUAUGCAGAUCGGAUUUGUAGUGGAUUAUGAUGAAUCUGAUCAAGAUAGUUUGAACCAACAAGGCACUGUGGCUCCUAGUGGUUUACCAUCACAGCAGCAGAAUCGACUCUCAGCUAUGGACCUUGGCGCAGUUAUUUCAACCCAAGAGCUUGGUGGUUCAAGCACCAGUGGGAGCAACGAAGCAUCUUCUUCGUCCAAUAUUCCAAUCAUCUGCAUAUCUUGCCGAGAGACCGGAGUUACAGCUGAUGAUAUUAUUCGAAGACGACCAAGAGCAAUCAUACAGGAUGGUCCUUUGGUGAGAUUAAGGCACUUAAGAGAUUGGGAACUUAGACACGCCAAGUCUCCUCCAUUGCCCAGCCGCUGGGGCGAGUAUGUUGCCCAGCCGAUGGGGCGAGUCCAGUGGCGGAGCCAAGUCUCCAUUGCCAAGCUUAAAUGAUUUAAACGCUAGUUUUAGUGUUUUAGAUAUUCAUGGUCUCUAUAUAAGCUCUUUUUAAUAUUUAAUAUCCCACCUCUUUUUAUAGUACCAAACUUCAUCUUAAUUUUUGCUUUUCUACAUAACUGAAAGAGUAAAUACAGUCUAUACAAAAUCAUCUAUUCACCUAAAACGAAAAUAAAGACUGUUAUAGCUUUCUUAUAUUGUUACUGUAUAUCUUUGUUCAAUCACUCAGUCACUUGCUUUUUAAGACAUGUUAUACACUUAUAAAUUUGAUUUUAUAACCCCGAAAAAGACUUAUAAAUUCGAUUCCUCAAAGUCUACAAAAGUAGAGAUGAUGGGAAUGAUACAAUGCAUGUACCUGAUGUGAUAGAGUUUCCGUGUCGUCUAAGGUUACUAAAUGAUAUUCUUCCGAACUAAUAUGUCGCAUCAACGGCAAGGACAAGGACUUGAUCAUACGCGAUGCCUCCAAAUUUUGAAGGGAACAUUUAAUUAUAUUUCACUCUAGCUUGCCCGACCCCUCUGAAGCAUGCAGAGAGAUGGUGGUGGUAUUCGAAUUCAGCAGCAAAUACCAGCUAGACUUCGACAUUAUUGAAUGUGCUUUAAGACGACGACAAUGACCGUACAAAUGGAGUAAUAAGUGACUCCGAAGAUGAUGUCCUCUACAUCUUGACGGAAAAAACCAACGGAAGCAAUAAUGGAGGAUCUGGCGAAAGCCACGUGUUUACAAGAAUCUGAGGAAGAAGACGACGAUGACGAGGGCUACAAAGAAAAUGUUUGUAGCUAUAUAAUCU